AUGACCGAGGCACGACCGUUGGGACCGUUCGUCUCAUUCUCUCCGGCCCUCGCGCCGUCCAACAAAACAAUACUCACCGGACGGACCAUCACACUCGAACCGCUGGCACCCAAGCAUGCAAAAGAUUUCUACACUUUGGUCGGGGGCGACGAUCCGGCAAAGAAUCAUCUCUGGGACUACUUGGCCGAUGAACCCUACACGCAAUUGGAGGUCUUCCAGAAGAGCAUCGAAGCCAAGUCGAAAUCGCUGGAUCCCUUGUUCUAUGCUAUCAUCGACCAGCGCCCUGCAGUGUUCACUUCUGGCAAGCCGAUCGGAUACCUCGCGUUGAUGCGGAUUACUCCCGAGCAAUGGACGAUCGAAAUCGGCCAUGUGGUGUUUUCCGCUGCUUUGCAGCGCACCACUGGCGCCACCGAGGCCAUCUAUCUUCUGGCUCGCCACGCAUUCGAAGAUUUGAACUACCGACGUGUCGAGUGGAAAUGUGACUCGCUCAAUGCACCAUCGCGCAAGGCGGCUUUGCGGCUCGGCUUCACCUUUGAAGGCAUCUUUAGACACCACAUGGUUGUGAAGGGACGAAGCCGGGAUACUGCUUGGUUUGCCUUUUUAAAAGAUGAAUGGAAUGCUACGAUCAAGCCCGCGAUGGAGAAAUGGCUCGAUGAAACGAAUUUCAAUGAGGAUGGUAGCCAGAAGAAGUCGCUUCAGGACCUAAGGGCACAAUGA